AUGGCCACAGGUAUGUCUCAAAUAGCCACAAACAAACAUGCGACAGACUUGCUAAUACAAACAAUAGGCCAGCAGGGCCGCGAUGAGCGGCUACAACAACGUCUUCGAGGUGCUCAACGCACGAAUAUCCAGGACGAAUCCUUCAAUCUCGACUUCAACCUCGAUCUUGCAGGCCUUAACAUAGCCAGCUCGACACCCGCCGCUCCCAAACCAGCGCUGUUACCCUCAUCUGCGAAUACUUCUGCUAAGAGAAGAAGAUUGGAUAAUGAGCCGCUACCACCUCCGUCGGCGCAGAGAAGCGUGCGAAGACGAUCGCCGAGAAUAAGAUCUGAUGAUCCCUACCAACUGCCCGACACAUCUAAGGAAUCGGACGCGCAGGAUAUUUCAGCAGAUGCUGCGGAAGUCGAAGAGCCGGUUAACGAUGCAGCCGAGGAAACAGGAGUUCAACCAGAGUCCGAAACGGAACCAGAACCAGAGGCAGAGCCGGAAUUGCCUAGUCCAGAACAAUCCAUCGAAGCGCCAGAAGAGGACGAAGCCGAAAUCGAAUUGCCAAUCCUACCGAACGAGAAUGUCUCUACAUCACCAGAUGCCCAACCAUCAAGUCAGAGGACUCAAGAAAAUGACCAAAGUCCCGAUGCGCCGCAGCCUAUACAGAUCGACGCCGUAUCAUCGACAACGCAAUUACGUGCUGCGCUUGCGGAAGAGGACUAUGUACCAGCCUCCUCAUCACCACUGGUCAGCAAAUUGCGUCGAAGCGGGGGUCAUUCGAUGUCUAGAUCAAGAAUCUCUCAAGGACGAGCUUCGAGAGCUACGGAAAUAAGCCUGGAUGCUGAGGAGCUUUCGCCAGAGCGACCAGAUCAAGCUCCCGUAGACGAUGAGCUUUCAGAAGACAGCCAAGUUGAGGAUGUGCCAGCGGAUGUUACAAUGGAGCCAGCAGAGGAGGAACCCGAGGAACCCGAGGAACCUGAAGAGCCUGAAGAAGAACCUGAGGACGAACCCGAGGAGGGGGAAAGGAAUACGCAGGAAGAAGACGCUGCUGUCGCAGAGGCCAUCAAUGCAGUCGAGGCAGCCAAAGCAAUUGGCAGAAAACGUCCCCGAAGGAGUCUACCAUCUCAAUCGCCUGAAGCAGAGCCUGAAGAACCGGCUGAGGAGGAGCCAGCACCAAAACGACGGCGCGGGCAAUCGUCGAAAAGUCCAGCGACACAGAAGCAACCAGCAGUCAAGCCCAAAGCCAGUACAAAAUCGAGAACAGGACCAAAACCACUUCCGAAACAAGUGCGCAAGACGAAGGAAGCCGAGAAAGCCCGACGAGUCAGUGAUGGCUCAGCUAUCGAGAUUACGGUACAGCGCUUUGUCAAUGUGAAGAAGUAUGGCGAAGAUGAUGGCGAGGAGGACCAACUUGCAGGGGACGUACCGUUCAUAAUGAAUGGAGAAACAGUGGUAGAUGUCUUUUCGCAGGUCUGCUUCGAAGUCAUUGAUGGAGUAGUUGCAAAGCUCUACGAUACGCUUAGCAUCACGGAGGAAAAAGAGAAAAAGAAGGAAUGCAGGAUAAAGAUAUUGGCCCUUGAAGCGUAUAAAGAAGAGCUCACGUCUCGAUUACUACAACAGGCAAUCCAUCUGAACGACUUGCACACACUUAGAAAACGAGUCCGAAUGGUGCAGCGCGAGAAGCUCUCUUUACGAGAAGAGAUCUUGCGCUUGAAAGCAGAGAGAGAACAAGUUGCUCUGAAAAUGGAUGCAGUACGUAUCAAGCACGAAGAGGAUACCAAAGAGUCAAAAUAUCGACUCGAUACCUCAGCUAUGAUGCACGAUAUAGACAUGGCGGUUGAAAGGGGACGAGACGCCCCUGAACUUUCGCGUGCCCAAGAGAAAAAGGCCGAUCUGGCUAAUCUCGAACUUCUUGUGGCACGCAUAACCGAUGAAGCCAGCUCAGCGAGCUCCGCAGGCGGAAUGCUUCAACAAGUAAAAAACUUCAAUGCUUUUCUUGAACGCGCAGCGAUUGCGCUAGAAACAAAAGGCGGAUGA